AUGACCAUCAAGAAAACAGCAACAUCUUUCUUGUCAAAUUGUUUCAAGAUUCAACAUGAACCCGUUCGUCCAUUGACGAAUAAGCCCAAAAAGAAAUCUGCAGUUGCAUCUCAUAACUCGCCCAGGAUGCAGUCGUUUAUAGAUUAUGAGAGCUCCACUAUUUCGGAUGAUAUAUCGAACUCGCCUGCUGGUUCUAACCUCCAUGUUUUCACCCUGGCUGAACUUAAGCUCAUCACCCAAUCCUUUUCCUCCUCAAAUUUCUUGGGUGAAGGUGGCUUCGGACCAGUUCACAAGGGUUUCAUCGAUGAUAAACUUAGGCAUGGUUUGAGACCUCAGCCUGUGGCUGUUAAACUCCUUGAUUUAGAAGGCUUACAAGGUCACAGAGAAUGGCUGACUGAGGUGCUAUUUCUUGGAGAACUGAGACACCCACAUUUGGUGAAGUUGAUCGGAUACUGCUGCGAAGAUCAACACAGACUGCUUGUCUACGAGUAUAUGCCACGAGGAAGCUUAGAGAAUCAACUCUUUCGAAGGUUUUCGGUGUCACUUCCAUGGUCGAUAAGAAUGCAAAUUGCUCUAGGUGCAGCGAAAGGUCUUGCCUUUCUUCAUGAAGCCGAAAAGCCUGUUAUAUACCGUGAUUUCAAGGCUUCAAAUAUUUUACUAGACUCUGACUACACAGCUAAGUUAUCGGACUUUGGACUUGCCAAGGAUGGCCCCGAGGGAGAUGACACACAUGUUUCCACCCGAGUUAUGGGAACACAUGGCUAUGCCGCUCCCGAGUACCUCAUGACAGGUCACUUAACAGCAGCAAGUGAUGUUUAUAGCUUUGGAGUUGUAUUGUUGGAGCUUCUAACGGGAAGGAAGUCAAUGGAUAAGAGUCGUCCUAACCGUGAGCAGAACCUAGCCGACUGGGCCAGGUCUCAACUCAAAUGUCCGCGAAAACUCAACCGAAUAAUGGAUCCAAGACUGGAAGGGCAGUAUUCAGAAUUCGGGGCACAAAAGGCAGCAGAAUUAGCUUAUCAAUGUCUUAGCCGUAGGCCUAAAUCAAGGCCAAAGAUGAGUGAGGUUGUUAAAACCCUCGAGCCACUAAAGGACUACAUGGACGUCCCUGUUGGACCCUUUGUGUACACGGCUCCAAAAGAAGAGCAAACAGAAAGUAAAAGAGACUCUAAUAACCGCCAUCACGAACAUGGUCAAAGACACAGGACAAAAUCGCCCUUGUCGUCUCCGCACAUAGUCCAUUCAGACCCCAUUUUACGUCGGAAUCACGAGGUUGGAUCAAAUUCUCCGAUGCAACACAGAUUUAAAAGAGGAUAGAUGAUGCCAGCUCAACGUAUGACGAUCUAUCUAGACUUGUUUAAGUGGUUGAGAUCGUUUUAGCAUAAAUCAGUAAUCAUGAACAAAUAUUGUUCAUGAAUCGGUGUAGACAUGUCAAUGAACAAAUAGAUGAUAUGUAACUGUGCAAAUUAGAAAUCUGUCUUUUUUUCCUUAGGCACGAGCGAACUACGAAAAGUGAUCAGAACCCUUUGGAGGGAGAAGUUUGUUCUUUCUUUAUUUAAUUUCAUUUUUUUUUUUUUUUUGGUUUCCGAUAUAUUUCUAAGAAUUGUACAUGGGAUGUAAAAAUCCCGAUUUUGUUUUUCAAAAAC